AAAAAUCAGUAAAUCACCAACCCAGUAAGUUCUCGUAUAAAUUAAACCCUUAGUGCACCCUUCUCUGUGUGCAUGGGCAUGUUAAAGCAGACUGCCUUGCUAUCCAUACAGGUUACAGACGGGGACAAAAACCCAGUUAAUUAGUGAUCGAUCGGUAGACGUUAAUUAUUUGCAACCACUCUAGCUAGGCUAAUGGAGGAAUCAACAAAUGAUCAGCUUGAAUUGCCGGGAUUUCGGUUCCACCCCACGGAGGAAGAGCUUCUCAGCUUCUACCUUAAGAACAUGAUUUUCGGGAAGAAAUUAUACUUGGAUAUAAUUGGUUUCCUCAACAUCUACCAUUAUGAUCCUUGGGACUUGCCAGGGCUGGCAAAGAUUGGGGAGAGGGAAUGGUACUUUUUCGUGCCAAGGGACAGAAAACAUGGUAAUGGAGGGAGGCCUAAUCGGACCACUGAAACUGGGUUUUGGAAGGCUACGGGUUCGGACCGCAAAAUACUGAGCUUAUCUGAUCCAAAAAAGAUGAUAGGUUUGAGAAAGACUUUGGUGUUCUAUAUGGGAAGAGCACCGCGUGGUUCCAAAACUGAUUGGGUCAUGAAUGAGUAUCGUUUGCCUGAUACUCUCACCUCUCCAAAGGAUAUAGUAUUGUGUAAGAUAUAUAGGAAGGCAACCUCUUUGAAGGUGUUGGAAGAGAGGGCAGCAAUGGAAUUAGAAGAAAUAAAGACAACCACCAAUAUUCAUGCCCCUCAACCUUCACCUCCACUAACAUCACCAACCGACACAUUCUCCUUUUCCGCUCAAUACAAGGAAUACUCGGCGGAACCAAUGGCCAUGAGGGACAUGGCAUUCAGUAAAGAAGAAGAAGAGCUAGUUAAAGUAGAACGAAAUGAGUAUGAAGAAGCAGAUGAGAGCAAAGGGACUACUACUACUACUUCUCUUCGGUUACCAUGGCACAAAGAAAAGUUGCCAGAGCUGCAAGUGCCUAGGGUGAGCAUGGACUGGACCCAAGACUCCUUUUGGACGCAGCUAAGGAGCCCAUGGCUUGACAAUUUGAUGACGCCAUAUGCUAAUGCACUCAACUUUUAAGGUCGUUUUUCAUCAAGGCUAAGUUAAGCAGAGAUUCGCAAUGUAGAUAUAUUACUCCCGCAUCCUUGAUAGGGCCAGUGAACUGUCUUUAUGAUCAGCUGUCUUCACAGUGGUGAAUUUGAAUAGAAACUUUGAAGUGAUGAUUUUUAAUUACUAGAAUUUAAAAGAGUCCACUUUUGUGACUCAUUAUCUGUAAUUCUACUGGCUAGUUACUGAUACUCCAAGAAGAAAGACAGCUGCACAAAGCUUAAUUAAUGAUUCGGAAUUCCAAUGAGAAUCUCACAAUUUUCUUAUCAGGUCAAA